AUGGCACGUCAAGCAAACCGUCAAAAAGACGUUCCAGCCACCCACCGCAAAUCUCCCAAUGGAAGUAAAGCACAUGGCGCAAAAUCAAAACCCAAGACAUCCAAAGUAUCCAAGGCUGCAUCAACACCCAAACAAUCCCGAGAGCAAGCCAAGAAAUCCAUCGUGGUAAAACCAAUUCCAAAGAAUGAGGUUCGGAAAUUGCAACAGGGUGGUAAAGAUACACGUCCAUCUCAGCUUCCAAAACAUGCACAUGGAGCCGAAUCAUCCCUUCAACCCGAGGACCUUUCUUCUGCUUUUGAAGGCGAGUAUUGGACUUCCACAUACUAUACUCAUGGAUCCCUCGAAGAAGCUCGAACCCACAUUCUGCGCGCCGGCAAAGCUGCUUUCGAAGAAGCUCACAGCGUUCUUCUCCAAAAAGUCACCAAGGACAAAACGAUCGAUCAAUCCUUCCUCCAAACCAUCUCCCACAACGCACAAGCUCUCAGCGCGCCCUUGGCCGCGCAGAAAAUCCAAAUGACCGUGCAGCAAAAAGGUUGUCGCAUUUCCGAGAUCGUCGAGAUUGGUAAGCGUGUUGCGCAAUUCGGUCAGGCGAUCGAAGAGGAAGACAAUAAGCUCGACGGCUAUUGGAAAGAAUGGGAGGGCUUACAGUCCGAGUUCAAGACAUUUGCGACUCGGGUGUUUGGGGGCGAGAUGUUUAAUGAGGAGGAUGCGGAUGAGGGAUAUUAUGUCGACAUGCUAUUGUUGGAUGCCGAAUGUACGGCUCAAAUGAAUGUUUUGAUGGAAGAAUUGGAUGAAGUAGGAAGUGAUGCGAUUAAGAAGAUGAAAGCUUCGGAGAAGGAAAUCGAUGUAACAACAGACAAAGUACGACAAAGAAUUGUAGGAGCAAUGAUGUGGUGAAUGGGGAUUUGUCGAAAUUUGCUCACUAGUACUGAGCUGCUCGUGCUGUGGUAUUUGAGAUGGAAUACAUGAUACGAAUAGACACUAGCCAUAUUUCAUAUUUGCUCAUACUUAUGUCCCUUGGACAAUCAAUGAUAUUGCUGUACUGUUUUGC